CCGCUCGUUCCCAGGGCGCGGUGGCGGCGCUGGCGGUGGCGGCUCCUCCUCGGGGAAUGGUUCCCGGGUCCGAGGGCCCGGCCCGGGCCGGGGGCCUGGUGGCCGACGUGGUGUUUGUGAUCGAGGGCACAGCCAACCUGGGGCCCUACUUCGAGGGUCUGCGCAAGCACUACCUGCUCCCGGCCAUCGAGUAUUUCAAUGGUGGUCCUCCUGCCGAGACGGACUUCGGGGGAGACUAUGGGGGUACCCAGUACAGCCUGGUGGUCUUCAACACGGUGGACUGCGCCCCGGAGUCCUACGUGCAGUGUCACGCUCCCACCAGCAGCGCCUAUGAGUUUGUCACCUGGCUUGAUGGCAUUAAGUUCAUGGGUGGCGGUGGUGAAAGCUGCAGCCUCAUCGCAGAAGGCCUUAGCACAGCGCUGCAGCUCUUCGAUGACUUUAAGAAGAUGCGCGAGCAGAUUGGCCAGACACACCGAGUUUGCCUGCUCAUCUGCAACUCGCCACCAUAUCUGCUGCCUGCUGUCGAGAGUACCACAUACUCGGGAUAUACAACCGAGAGCCUUGUGCAGGAGAUUGGGGAGCGUGGCAUACACUUCUCCAUCGUGUCCCCUCGGAAGCUGCCUGCCCUGCGGCUCCUGUUCGAGAAAGCUGCCCCCCCAGCUAUGCUGGAGCCGUUGCAGCCGCCGGCAGAUGUGAGCCAGGACCCCAGGCACAUGGUCUUGGUGCGCGGGCUGGUGCUGCCUGUUGGAGGUGGCUCGGCCCCAGGCCCCCUCCAGCCCAAGCAGCAGGUGCCUCUACCACCUGCACCACCCUCUGGUGCCACACUCUCGGCCGCGCCCCAGCAGUCCCUGCCCCCUGUGCCUCCACAGUAUCAGGUCCCUGGGAACCUGAGCGCAGCGCAGGUCGCAGCGCAGAAUGCAGUGGAGGCUGCCAAGAACCAGAAGGCUGGGCUGGGCCCACGGUUCUCGCCCAUCAACCCUUUGCAGCAGGCUGCUUCAGGAGUGGGACCCCCUUUCAGCCAGGCCACACCCCCAACAUUACCCACAGGGCCUCCUGGUGCCCCCAAGGCGCCUCCUGCCUCCCAACCCAACCUGGUCUCCACAGUGGUGCCCGGCCCGGGCCUGGCCCCUGCCGCACAGCCUGGGGCACCAUCCAUGGCAGGCACAGUGGCUCCAGGUGGCGUCAGUGGUCCUUCCCCAGCCCAGCUCGGGGCACCAGCCCUUGGUGGACAACAGUCCGUCUCUAACAAGCUCCUGGCUUGGAGCGGGGUGCUUGAGUGGCAGGAGAAGCCGAAGCCUGCCUCCGUGGAUGCCAACACCAAGCUGACCCGGUCUCUGCCCUGCCAGGUCUACGUGAAUCACGGAGAGAACCUGAAGACGGAGCAGUGGCCACAGAAGCUGAUCAUGCAGCUCAUCCCCCAGCAGCUGCUGACCACCUUGGGCCCUCUGUUCCGGAAUUCGAGGAUGGUGCAGUUCCACUUUACCAACAAGGACCUGGAGUCCCUCAAAGGCCUCUAUCGCAUCAUGGGCAAUGGCUUUGCCGGCUGCGUGCACUUCCCCCAUACAGCCCCCUGCGAGGUGCGCGUGCUCAUGCUGCUGUACUCAUCCAAGAAGAAGAUCUUCAUGGGCCUCAUCCCCUAUGACCAGAGCGGCUUUGUCAACGGCAUCCGGCAGGUCAUCACCAACCACAAGCAGGUCCAGCAGCAGAAACUGGAGCAGCAGCGUGGGAUGGGUGGCCAGCAGGCACCCCCAGGCCUGGGCCCUAUUCUGGAGGACCAAGCGAGGCCCUCGCAGAAUCUGCUUCAGCUCCGACCACCACAAUCCCAGCCGCAGGGCACUGUGGGGGCAGCUGGGGCUGCAGGACAGCCCCAGGCCCCAGGUACCACCCAGGCUCCCCCAGGUGCCCCCCAAGGUCCUCCUGGAGCUGCUCCUGGCCCACCCCCUCCUGGACCCAUCCUUCGGCCGCAGAACCCUGGGGCCAAUCCUCAGCUGCGGAGCCUGCUUCUCAACCCACCACCGCCCCAGACCGGGGUGCCCCCGCCCCAGGCCUCCCUCCACCACCUCCAGCCACCAGGGGCUCCUGCGCUGCUGCCCCCACCUCACCAGAGCUUGGGGCAGCCCCAGCUGGGGCCCCCACUCCUGCACCCGCCACCUGCUCAGUCCUGGCCCGCCCAGCUUCCCCCACGAGCUCCGAUGCCAGCGACAAAACGAAAGAGAGAAGGAGAGGGCCGUGUGUUUCAAGAAAAAUGGGAGCGAGACUAUUUCUUUGUGGAAGUGAAGAGCAUGCCUACGUGUCUAAUAUGCAAAAAAAUCGUGUCUGUGUUCAAAGAGUACAACUUGAAGCGCCACUAUGAGUCCAGGCACAGCAAGAGCUACAACCAGUACACAGAGCAGACCCGGGACGCCAUCCUCAAGGAACUGAAAAAGGGCCUUAAGUGUCAGUAGGGCUCACUGUGCAGAGGAGGAAGAGCUGCACAAAGAACCGCCUGGGCGUUCUGCCCUGCAGUGGAGUGGCGUGAGCUCGUGCAGGAGCAGUAUUUGUUGGUGUCCUGAACAGACGCGGCCGGACCAUGAGCCCAAGGGCAUUUGCGUCUGGGGUGAUUUGAAGACAAACCAGAGGCUUUACAAAUCCAGUUGCCUGAGAGUCGAAUCAGUUGUGGCCUUUUCUUUCGCUGCUCAUGAACUCUUUCCACCCGGUUAGCUUUAUUUAUUUGUGGUGUUGAAAAUUUCAGUGUGACUGAAGAAGGCUGUGGCGUGGUGCCGAGCAGGCCUGACUGUAUGGAGAGAACAGUUUCACACACACCGCGCAACUCGUAAGCACAACUACAGACACUUGCAGUGACCCGUCGGGGGUUAGUACAUGUACCUCCAUCCAAAGCAGCAGUGUUUGGCAGGGACAGAGGAGUGUCGCCCUAGUGGAUCUGAGACGCCCGAUGGACACCUUUUCGCUAAGCUCCUUCGAGUUGAUGUGGGCAAGUUGGUAGUGGCUUGAACCAAGAGCCAGUUCCCUGAGGUGGCCCAGGGCUUUGGAUAUUGAACGCAGCUCCUCAGUGACAGCCACAAGCUGCCCCGAGAGUGUGUGAUCACGGUGGCCCGGGCGGGCAAGAGACAGGAAUGCACUCCCCAGGCAGAAGCGACUCCUGUCCCUUUGCUGCAUUUGAUUUUGAGAAGUGAGCGUGGUGGCCUGGACCUUAGUCACCCAGAUGGUGGGCUCAGAGGCCAAAUCCCCCAACUCCCUGCACCCACUUUCUAGGACAAUGAAGUCAUAAUGUCCCGUUUACCCUUGUCGGUUUGCGUUGCUAUCUCUGUGACUGCAGACCGCAGGAGAUGAACUGCAAGGCCUGGAGGGCGCCGGUCCUACAGGCAGAUCUUUGGGAAGAUGGUGAGACGCAGACCGCCCCGGUAGUUGUGUCCGCGUCUGGGGCACCCGUGCCGUGUGAACGGCCAGCUGCUCUUGUGAGGAACCUGGAUCAAGCCGACCUGCUGGACCCGCCCUGCAAAACUUGACCCUGAUGUCUCGAUGUGGAAGGGAAGUCGUCUGCCUUCCCGCCUCAACUCAAAGGAGCAAAAGAAUUAUGAAAGAGAAAAAAAUUUUAAUAUUUCUAUUUUUCAAUUUGUAUUUUUUCAAUUUUGAAUUUAAAAGUAUAAACUCCAGUAUCCUACAUGUUUGUAUUCUGUUCCAUGCAUUCACCGUAGUUGAGUAAAGAUCCAAUUUGAUUAUA